AUGUCUCGACACAUCCCCGUACAGCCGGAGGAAUCAGCUUUCACAUUGUUUCUGUGGGGAGGUGAAGAAAAAUUACGAAGAAGAAAAGCCUUGCUCAAAGUCUUGAUCGGCGACCCUCUCUUUGACAAGAAGAUUGUCACUCCUCCAUCAUUGGCUCGCCAAGAUGCGUGGACCCGGCGCGGCUUUGCAAAGUCGCGAGCUCAUCAGGCUCAAGUUCGAGAACAAUUGGCCACAUCGUCAUUUCAUGGAAGCAAUCAGAACGACGGACAAUAUGUUGCCGUAUUCCUGUCAAAUCUGGAACGGCAAAUGUCAGAUGAACAAAAAGAAAUCUGGAUCCCGAAGGCCGAACGAUUUGAAAUCUUCGGCUCGUAUUGCCAGACCGAGCUGGGCUAUGGAUCCAAAGUCAAAGGCAUCGAAACCACUGCGACUUUUGAUGCGGAGACCGACGAGUUUUUGAUCAACUCGCCUACGCUCAGCAGCACGAAGUACUGGAUCAGAGCAACCGGGGUGUGA